UGCCUUACAGAGACCUUGCGGGAGAUAGAGGGGAAUAAGGUCUGUAUCUUCUCAGUAACUUAUCGCUGAAUAAGUUAAACGCUGCGGGGAGCCACCCACCUGUCGUUCCUGUGAUCUGCAGUACCUUCUGCCUGGAGCUGCAGCACAGCGGGAGACCCCGAUAAUACACCUGUCAGAGAGGUGACGGCGUGGAAACCCUGUCACAAGCCACCCGCUCAGCCGUCUCGAUGAUGACAUUUACCAUGAUGAGGCCUAUGGCAACCCACCUUCCCUAUCCUGACAUUGGCAUGAUGUCCGAGGACGAGGAGAAUCGCAGUGAAAGCGAUGGUAGCUCGGAUCAAAGCUAUGGAUGCUGCGCCAGUACCGACAAACGACGGAGGAUGUCCCGAAAGUCAGGAGGCGGCAAUGUUGUUAUAGUUAAGCAAAGGAAUGCAGCCAAUGCGAGGGAGCGGGACAGGACCCAAAGCGUCAACACAGCCUUCACGGCCCUCCGGACACUUAUACCCACAGAGCCAGUGGACAGAAAGCUGUCCAAGAUUGAAACGCUUCGUCUGGCGUCCAGCUACAUCUCGCAUCUAGCCAACGUUCUUAUGCUGGGAGACGGGAGCGAGGAUGGACAGCCCUGUCUAACUGCAGUGUACAGCGCACAGGGGGACGGCGAUGCGAAGCAACCUCGAACGAUCUGUACGUUCUGCCUCAGCAACCAAAGAAAAGGGGUGAAGGAUGGUCGAGACUGCUUAAGAAUACGAGGAGUCAGUUCUUUAAGAAUGACCCGCAGAUAGACGUCCCGCAAAACUAGCAGCCGGAGCCGCAUGUCCACAACUCAGGGAGAAUUCGGAGUGGGCCAUGCCGGUCUCAACAGACCUGUGGAGCAAGAUGGAACCAGUGUGGAAUAAUAGUGAAACUAUUUAAUUUGGGCAAAGUCAAUCGCGAAAGAACCACUUCUUUCACCAAGAGACCCAAGAGGUUUAUAAUGACCUGUUGC